AUGGCUUCCCACCGCCCAAUGAUAAUUCUGGCCCUGAUCUGGCUGAGGAUCUUCGGCAUCGCGACAUGCCUUACGACGAUCAAGGGUAUUCCGUUUCCCGGCCUGAUAGAUGUGACUCUCGACGAAUUGGCCGAGGGUCUUGAAAACGGCCUCUUCACGAGCGUUGACCUUGUCAACGCCUAUCUCGGUCGCAUCAACCAAGUGAACAGCGCGCUCAAUGUCGUGACUGAGUUGAACCCAGAUGCUCUCUCUAUUGCCGCCGAUCUGGACUCGUCGCGCGCCAAUGGCACAAUCAAGGGUCCGCUCCACGGCAUUCCAAUCCUCAUCAAGAACAACAUCGCGACUGCCGACCAGAUGAACAACACUGCUGGUUCGUGGGUGUUACUGGGUGCCAAAGUUCCCCAAGAUAGCUUCAUGGCGAAGAAGCUGCGAGAUGCCGGCGCGAUCAUUCUCGGCAAGACCAACCUCAGUCAGUGGGCCAACUUCAGGAGCAACAACACGAGCAACGGAUGGUCUGCGUACGGAGGUCAGGUAUACGCUGCUUACUAUCCUCAGCAAGAUCCGAGUGGGAGCUCCAGUGGUAGUGGUGUGGCCUCAGAUCUUGGCCUCGCACUUGCUGCCUUGGGCACCGAGACCGAUGGUUCGAUUGUAUCACCCUCUCAGCGAAAUAACCUGGUCGGUAUCAAGCCAACCGUUGGCCUAACAUCCCGUCACCUCGUAAUUCCCAUCAGUGAGCAUCAAGACACCAUCGGCCCUAUGGCCCGGACCGUGAAGGAUGCCGCGUAUAUCCUACACGCUAUCGCCGGCGCAGACCCCAACGACAACUACACUUCAGCCAUCCCCAAUAAUGGCGAGAUCCCAGACUACCCGGCCGCUUGCGACAUGUAUGGUCUCCGUGGCGCUCGGAUCGGCAUUCCUCGCAACGCCAUCGAGCUCUUCUCCGACAAUACCACGGGCACCGAAACCGAUGCGUUUGAGGAGACUCUCGAGGUCUUCAAGUCUGCUGGUGCCGUCAUUGUCGACAAUGCCAACUUCACCGCUGCGGAGCAGUUGGCAACAUCCAACUCUGAGACCAUCGUUCUAAAUGCAGACUUCAUCUCGAACUUGGCAUCCUAUCUCGCCGAGCUUACAGUCAACCCGAACAAUGUCAAGUCUUUGGCCGACGUCCGCGAGUUCACGCAAUCCUUUGACCUUGAGGACUAUCCUGAUCGUAACACGGGUGUUUGGGAUGAGGCUCUCGACGAGCAAGGGUUCAACAACACCGACCCGCGAUUCUGGGCCGCGUGGCAAGAGAGCGCAUUUCUCGGCGGCGAGGGCGGACUGUUCGGAACACUAGAGCGACAUGAUCUCGACGCCGUCAUCCUGCCGACCAGCUUUUCCAGCACCUGGGCUGCCAUCGUCGGGGCACCUGUGGUUACAGUUCCCCUGGGUUUCUAUCCCGCAAAUGCCACAGUGAUCAAGAACAGGAGAGGUAACCUCGUCGACACUGGUCCUCAUGUCCCAUUUGGUAUCAGCUUCCUCGGUGCAAAGUUCUCCGAGGCAAAGCUCAUUAGCCUGGCGUAUGCCUAUGAGCAGAGGACCAAGACGAGGGACAAGAUCCAGCCAUACAUCACGCCCAACGUCGAGAUUGGUGACUUCGCAGGGUACUAG